AUGGGCCUAACUGUAAAUAUAUGCAUCCAAGAUUUGAAUUGCCUGCACCACCUGAGCAAACAAAAGACGCUAAGAGAUUGCCAGUAUGCCAUUACUGUUCCGAAGUUGGUCAUAAAGCAUCAUCCUGUAACAAGAUACCCCAAGAGAAAAGAGAAGCAGCCCAAAGGCAAGAAGAAGCAAGGUACCGUGCCCUUGGUUAUGUCAAGCCAGCAAGUGAAAAUGAUGAUAUCAAUGCUCAACGUCUACGCC